CUUCAAUCUACAUACAUAUACACAAUUUAAUAACUUCUUAAUUCAAUCAAAACAUCUUUCAAAAUGGGAGGAGGUAAUGGCGCAAAAGCAGCUUCUAAGCGUGCACGCAAUCAAAAAGAUGCUGAGAAGGGUACCGCAAAGUCGCAACUGAAGGUCAACGAGUCAGCAAAGGAUAUUCAAUGCGAGGUUUGCAAAACCACUUUCUUGAAGACCACUAGACUUCCUGCUCUCACCGAACACGCCAUGAACAAGCACUCAAAGGGACCGGAACUCUGCUUCCCAUCGUUUAUGGCUCAGCAGGCUGCAUUAGUUGGCAAGAAAUAAAUUCUCGACACUUCUUUGUGCGACUCAUCUUACGAUUUCGUAUGACGCAAUGACGAAGACACGAUAUUUUACGGUUGGACAGAUGUGGUAGAGGAAAAUUUUGGGUUUCGAUGAUCAGAGGAUUGAUAUCAAUUUGCGAAAGAAGAACAAGCGAUUGGCGCAUGGGCGGGAGAUAUAAUGGCGUUUAUUCAGAAGCCA